AUGAAGACUACCUUUGCCGCUACCCUGGUCUGCCUGGCUUCCGUUGUGGUCGCCUCGCCUGUCCCGGACCAGGAGACCCUGCCCGGCUUCCUUAACCCCAUCUUCGGCGGCGUGAACCCCGAAAAGUCGGACGGCCAAAAGGGCAUCACCGGCCAGGGCGGUAAUCUCUUCAGCAACAUCUUUGACAGCGCCACCUGUCUCGUCAGCGGCUUCCUGGGCGGCGGCAACCCCAACUGCAAGGGCAAGGGUUCGGCUGUCGCGCCUGGGACAGCCACGCCCAGCGGUGCCGCCGGCGGUGCUCCUGGUGCUUCUGCCAGUGGCGCCCCCGGUGCUUCUGCCGGCGGUGCUCCCGGUGCCGCCGCCACUGGUGCGCCUGGUGGUGCUCCUGGUGCUUCCGCCAGUGGUGCUCCUGGUGGUGCUCCUGGUGCUUCCGCCAGUGGUGCUCCUGGUGCCGCCGCCAGUGGUGCUCCUGGUGGUGCUCCUGGUGGUGCUCCUGGUGCCGCCGCCAGUGGUGCUCCUGGUGGUGCUCCUGGUGCUUCCGCCAGUGGUGCUCCUGGUGGUGCGCCUGGCGGCGACAACAGCAGCAGCCAGUCCACCCGCUACACCUACAACUACUCGACGAACGAUGAUGGCAAGCUCGAGGUUGAUGUCAAGCUCCAGAAUGGCCGCAUGUGCCAUUACACGAUUGACGCUCAAGGCCAGGACGUCAAGAAGGCGAUUGCUGCCGAGGCCCAGAAGUGCAUCGCGCAGGGCAACUGCGCCCGCGCCCGCGCCCGCGCAUCGUCGCUCCUACACCCCCUCUACGCGACAGCCUCGUCCAUCGCGUCUCUCUGGCCAUCGGGAGGCGUCAUAUGGGUCGGAGAACUCGUACCUGUCGCAUUCCAGCAACUCUUGCCCGCUCGCACGAGUCGCACCCGCCGCUUCGUCGCAUCGCAUUGCACGCGCAACAAGCAGGCACCCGUCGUAGAAAGCGAAGCCGUCGACCCGCGCCCCGACCUUGCCACGAAAUACGCUUUCAAUUGGCAGGUGCCUUCAAUGCGAAAUCAUCGCGGCAGCAACGAAAUCAAUCACUUGAAAGAAAACUUAGGACCAUAUUACCAACAACCUCUACAAGGGGCACGAAACGACAUGUCACAACGAAACCGUAGCGGCCGCGGAUCAAGCCGCAACAACGGCAGCUCACACGGCGAAGAAGCACAAAUAUGGGACUCCUGCAAGGGUCAAUUAGCCGACAUUAUCAAUGGCAUCAACGCCGAAAACGACAGCCUAAAGGAGCUCGUCGACAUGGACAAGCAAGUGGGCGCCAUGGACCCGAACAAGAUUCCAAACGAGUCUCUUAAGAAGAUGGAGAACCUCUGCCGAUCCGGUGUCAAGUUCUCCGAGGCCAACAUUACGUCCCUCAAGAACGUAACGGAGCAGCUCAAGAUCCUUCGCGCCGUGGUUGUUGCCAAGGAGCAGGCCGAAGCCGCCGCCGCGGGCCCGAGCAAGAGAGCUGCCAGGGACAGCGCAGCCAGCUCGUCCCUAUACGACUUUGACGCGGCCGGAGACUCCCCAGUACCUAGCCCAAUUGGCGGCUCGAGAAAACACAGCGAGAGGAAUAAAGACCGUGGAGGAGAGCGAGAGCGAGAACGAGACAGCAUACCACCCAAGGCGGAGAGCGUGGAGCCGCCAGGCUCGGCCAACAAGUCCAAGAUCAUCUUCUCCAAGGGUGACGCUGUGGCCUUCAAGUCCAAGGCUGGUGCGACAGAGGGCAUGGCGGAUUGGAUCAUGGGCGAGGUUGCGCAGGUCAUCGGCGAGGGAAAAAACCGCCGGUACAAGGUUCUCGACAUUGAGCCAGACGACCACAGCAAGCAAAAGGAGUACAGGACGAGCGCGAGCAACAUGAUUUCGAUUACGCCAGAGAGUCAGGCCAGCACGCUCGAGGAUUGGAAGAAGGGCCAAAUUGUGCUCGCUCUAUAUCCCAACACUACGACGUUUUACAAAGCGGAGGUGCACAGCAUGGAUGGCGCUGGCAAGGUGAAUCUCAAGUUUGAGGGGGAAAAUGACUCCACGACUCUACAGCAGGUUGAGCGCCGCUUUGUGAUUGAGUACCGGGCGUAG